CAGUGCCAUUGGCAAUGUGGCAAGAAAUCAAGGAGAGCUGGCGACAAGAUAAUUGUCCAAAUCACGAGCAUAUGUGGUGGAAAUUGGAAGGGUCAACUGUCAGUGUGACUACGUGGUGUUGGCACUGUAACCAAGGUUGUUUUCUUGAGAAUGCUCCCCGGGUAGAAAAAGCAAGUUUCUUCCUUUUUUGAGCGAUGGUUUUGUUGUGCUACUAUCCACGACCCUAACGGGAGCUACCGUUGGAGCUUCCCCCCCAACAGUAGCUCCACAGUAUCUCUACAGCAGCAAUACCGUCAGCAACAGUCAAUUAACAUGCCGAAACGGCAGCGCCUUCAAGGUAACCUAAGUUAAGCAUAUCCUGCACGAUUACAGCCAGCAGGCUAAACCCCUACCAUUCCAACCAAAAUUUGAAGAAGAAAAUACUAGUAAAGGAUAUUAAAAGCAGGCAGGCUAUGGCUCAUGGCUAGACAGCCGAGUAGAGAUGAGGAGGGACAGCCCGCAGGCAAUCACUGCGGCGACGGCGGCGAGGCGACCAUAUAUAUCCCCAGGGAGGCAACCAGCCAGGCGCAGAAACAGACCGCCUCCUCUGCUGCCUCUUUCGCACAGAGCACUAGCCGUGGUGACUGCACCCGUUGGGUUCGCAUGGCCAUCCCGCUCCAGGGGAAGGACGGCAAGGGUGGCCAGGUGGGCGGCGACGACCAGCCGUCGGUGGCGGCGGAGCUCCGCGCGCUGUGGGGCAUGGCGGCGCCGAUCACGGCCCUCAACUGCGUGGUGUACCUGCGCGCGCUGGUGUCCGUGCUCUGCCUCGGCCGCCUGGGCCCGCUGGACCUCGCCGGCGGCGCGCUCGCCAUCGGGCUCACCAACAUCACGGGCCACAGCGUGCUCUUCGGCCUCGCGUCCGGGCUCGAGCCGCUCUGCGCGCAGGCCUUCGGCUCCCGCAACCACGACCUCCUCACCCUCUCCCUCCAGCGCGCCAUGCUGCUGCUCUUCCUCGCCGCGCUGCCCAUCGCGCUGCUCUGGCUCAACGUCGGCCCCAUCCUCGUCGCGCUCGGCCAGGACCCCGCCAUCUCCGCCCCCGCCGCCGCCUACGCGCGCUUCGCGCUCCCGGACCUCGCCGCCAGCGUCGUGCUCCAGCCGCUCCGGGUGUACCUCCGCUCCCAGGGGAUCACCAGGCCCAUGGCGGCCUGCUCCGCGAUCGCCGUCGCGCUCCACGUCCCGCUCAACGUGCUCCUCGUCUUCGGCCUCGGAUUCGGCGUCCGCGGCGUCGCCGCCGCGCAGGCGCUCACCAACACCAACAUGCUGCUCUUCCUGCUCGCCUACAUCCGCUGGGCGCGCGCGUGCGACGACACGUGGAAGGGGUGGGCGCGACCCGCCGUGGUCGCCAGCGGCCUGCCCGGGCUCGCCAGGCUCGCCGUGCCCAGCUGCGUCGGCGUCUGCCUCGAGUGGUGGUGGUACGAGGUCGUCACCGUGCUGGCCGGCUACCUGCCCAACCCCGCCGCCGCCGUCGGCGCCGCGGGGGUGCUCAUCCAGACCACCAGCCUCAUGUACACCGUGCCCAUGGCGCUCGCGGCCUGCGUAUCCACCAGGGUGGGCAACGAGCUGGGCGCCGGCAAGCCCCGCCGCGCGCGGAUGGCGGCGAUGGUGGCGCUGGCGUGCGCGCUGGCGAUCGGCGUGGUCCACGUGGCGUGGACCGUGGCGCUGAGCCGGCAGUGGGUGGAGCUGUUCACGACGGAGCGGUCGGUGGUGCGGCUGGCGGCGGCGGCGAUGCCCAUCCUGGGGCUGUGCGAGUUGGGCAACUGCCCGCAGACCACGGGGUGCGGCGUGCUCCGCGGCACGGCGCGCCCGGCCGUGGGCGCCCGCAUCAACCUCCUCUCCUUCUACCUCGUCGGCACCCCCGUGGCCGUGUACCUGGCGUUCGGCGCCCGCGCCGGGUUCAGCGGCCUCUGGUACGGCCUCCUCUCGGCGCAGGCCACCUGCGUGGCGCUCGUGCUCGCCGCCGUCGUGUGGCGCACCGACUGGCAGGUCGAGGCGCUCCGCGCCAAGAAGCUGGCGGGCCUGGAGCUCACGUCGACGACGCCCGCCGCCGCCGCUGCCGAGGAGAGCAAGCGCCUCGUCGCCGCCAACGGCGAACCGGCGGAGGGCGUCUAAGCCUAGUAGCGCAAACCGCAGCUCUGUACGUGUAGCUGCGUGCGCCUGCGCGAAUCGGCGACCAUGACACGAUCGUCGUCGUCGUCGGAGUCCAUGGACGCAGGCAACGGGUGACACAGUUCCCUGGACUUUUACGUACUGCUACUCGCUGGGCGUCGUGUGCGGCCGCAGUAGAUUUAGGGGUAGUAACCGGAGCGCUCCGUUGGUAGCCGAGCGUAUUGAUUUGCUACGCGAUGGUGGUGGCAGUCGCGGCUUCGCCACUAGCCCCGGCCCGCAAGUUGCUUGCUUGUAGCAGAGGAUGGGAUCAUGGGAGCAAGUGGUGGCCGCGCGCGCGCCAUGUUGUCUCGAGCCGGUUGGUGCUUGGAAUAGAAAAUGACCUACCGAGCGAGCGCAUCACUUUUCUAAAAUCUACUCUCUAAAAAGUUAUUUAAGUAAAAAUUAUUUUCUAUAUCUUUAUACUUUCCAACAAAUUUUCUAUCCUAUGCUCAGUUUAUAGAGCAAUUCUUUCGCUCUUCAUUUUUUGCUAACGAGAAAUCCAAAAUAGACGAGAUCUAUAUUAAUUGAAGGAACUAUUGGAUUGUAAUUUUUUAAUCGAAAUUUUUAUUUCUAAAUCUAGUCUUUUCAAAAUCUUUGGAGCAUGAAAUUUAGAGUGCUACUACUGCUACCGUGCGUGAGAGUGGGACGGCGAUGCCUCGGGAAAGGAAAGGAGGCUCCACGCUUGCCCAGAUAGCUAGACCCUGCCGGGCGUGGUGAUGGAUCGUAAUCUGGACCCUGCCUGUUGUGUUCGAUUGGCUUUGCGCAAAGCCGCUUUCUGAUAUUCCCCUUUUGGGAGGACAGCAUCCCGCGCGUCGCCGUCGCCUUCCUCGCGCGCGGCCUCGACCGGCUCGCUCGGUUCGUUUCAGAGCUUCGUUGUCCUCUCGCCGUCGGUGUGCCUUGGCUCGCAAAGAUCGCGGCGGCUUGCAUGCGUUGCGACCCCAAGAGCAAGAGGGCUCGUAGAUAUUUCGCCGCCGCACGCUCUUCUCCAUGGGCAGGCAGUUUUCUCUGCGACCAACUCGACAACGUCGGCUCCGCUCACGCCGAUGACGACCGGUGAAGGCCAUGCACUGCAUGUAUGGUGGUGUCGCAAGCAACGCAGGCUAUCUAGUUGAUGAUGAGGCCCGGCACGUACCUGUCAGCAGGCGUAGGAAGGUUUGUUGCUGGUGUACACGGAGACGCACUUCACGACCUAUCAGGUGCCGGUGCCAUGACGGACGACGUCUCAGAAGAUCCACUGAAUGGAUCCACGCACGCACGCAUGCUGUGCAGGGCGCCGCACGGAUCAAAAGUCUGGAGUUUGUGGAUGCCCUUUCUGCGCAUGCCGCCGCGUCUACCAAAGGUAGCAAUCAGGUGAGCCGUUGCUCCAUCGGGAUAAUGAACUGAUGGGGAUUGUUUUCUUUAGUAAAAAGCCACUUUUCCAGGGUUGCUGUGUGCUAUGCGAAAAGUACUGAAGAUUUGAGGAUAAUCAUGUACGUACGCGCUAUAAACUGGAAGAAUAUUUUUUAAUGAAAGAUGUACGACGAGGUUGCGGG